AAACCACAUGGAAUUUUCUGGCUUGUAAAUUUGACUAGAAGGCUUCCAACGGACAGAAAAGACGGUGUUUGCACAGCAACUUCCUCUGUUCUGAAACUUCCUUCCAGUUUGCAAGAUCCUGCUGUGUUUCAGCAUUUGCUGUGAGCCUCUUUCCCAUGCCGACCGCCAUAAAUGCAGCGGUGGCUCAGCAAACAGCUGCUGGGUCAGUCCCCAGCACCACUACUGGCACUACGGAGGGGGCAGGAGGGGGCACAGGGGGGAUUUAUUCUGCCAUUAUAAGUCGCAACCAGCCCAUUAUCAGCAUAAAGGAGAAGACCUACGAGGAGCUUCACAAGAAGUGCCUGGAGAAAAACAUUCUCUAUGAGGAUCCUGAUUUCCCACCAAAUGAGUCGUCCCUUUUCUACAGCCAGAAAAGCCCCGUCAAGUUUGAAUGGAAAAGACCAAGUGAAAUCUGUGAGAAUCCACGGUUUAUUAUUGGUGGAGCCAACAGAACAGAUAUCUGCCAAGGAGAAUUAGGUAACUGCUGGUUUCUGGCUGCCAUUGCUUGCUUGACACUGAAUAAAAAACUACUCUGUAGAGUCAUACCUCAUGACCAGUCCUUUAUACAAAACUAUGCUGGCAUCUUUCACUUCCAGUUCUGGCGCUAUGGAGACUGGGUGGAUGUCGUUAUCGAUGACUGCUUGCCCACCUACAACAACCAGCUGGUCUUUACCAAGUCCUCCCAGCGCAACGAGUUCUGGAGCGCCCUCCUGGAAAAGGCCUAUGCAAAACUCCAUGGGUCAUAUGAAGCUUUGAAGGGAGGCAACACCACUGAAGCCAUGGAGGACUUCACCGGAGGAGUCACAGAGUUCUACGAGAUAAAAGAUGCCCCUAAAGAUAUCUAUAAAAUCAUGAAACAUGCCAUUGACAGAGGAUCCCUCAUGGCCAGUUCCAUUGAUGAUGACCUAGGCUUUUCCUAUGGAUCAGCUCCUCGGAGCAACAUCGGGGAACUGAUUGCUCGCAUGGUGAAGAAUCAAGAAAACGCACAGAUGACUCAGUCCACUGUGGACUACCAGGGGAUGGAGGAGAGGCCAGCCUGGACCAUAGUGCCGAUGCAGUACGAGACACGGAUGUCCUGCGGGCUGGUCAAGGGCCACGCCUACUCCGUGACUGCCGUGGAGGAGACAGUAUUUAAAGGGGAGAAAAUACGUCUGGUAAGGCUGAGAAACCCCUGGGGCCAAGUGGAAUGGAAUGGAGCCUGGAGUGACAGGUCAGAGGAGUGGGACUCUGUUAAUGAAGCAGAGAAAAUCCGCCUGCAGCACAAGGUCAUGGAGGAUGGGGAGUUCUGGAUAUCAUUUCAAGAUUUCAUGAGGCACUUCACAAAGCUUGAGAUCUGUAACCUCACCCCUGAUACUCUGGAAGUGGAUAAAUUCCAGACCUGGACUGUGUCAGUCAAUGAAGGACGCUGGGUGAGAGGCUGCUCAGCUGGAGGUUGCCGCAAUUAUCCAGAUACAUUUUGGACCAAUCCCCAGUAUCGCUUGAAGCUCCUGGAGGAAGAUGAUGAUCCUGAGGAUGAAGAGGUUAUCUGCAGCUUCCUUGUUGCACUGAUGCAGAAAAACAGGAGGAAGGAACGCAAGCUGGGAGCCAACCUGUACACCAUUGGCUUUGCCAUCUAUGAGGUGCCCAAAGAGAUGCAUGGUACUAAGCACCACUUGCAGAAGGAUUUUUUCCUCUACAAUGCCUCCAAAGCUAGAAGUAAGACCUACAUAAACAUGCGAGAAAUCUCUGAGCGCUUCCGGUUACCUCCCAGUGAGUAUGUCAUCAUUCCAUCGACAUAUGACCCCCACCAGGAGGGAGAAUUCAUCCUCAGGGUCUUCUCAGAGAAAAGAAGUCUUUCAGAGGAGGUUGAAAACAUGAUCGAGGCAGAGCGUCCAUCGAAGAAAAAGGGCAAGCCUAUCAUCUUCGUUUCUGACAGAGCGAACAGCAAUAAGGAGCUGACAGGAGAUGAGAAUGGUGGCAAAGAUGGUGAAAAAGCCCAAGCAGAUGAGAAAAAGCGUUCUUCAACAAAAGCUCAUGAGGAGAGUGAAGAGCAAAAACAGUUCAGGAAUAUUUUCCGACAGAUUGCAGGGGAUGACAUGGAGAUCAAUGCUGAGGAACUUAGGAAUGUUCUCAAUAAUGUCGUAAAAAAACACAAGGACCUAAGGUCAGAAGGGUUUGAACUGGAAUCCUGCCGCAGCAUGAUUGCUUUAAUGGAUACAGAUGGCUCAGGGAAGAUAAACUUUGAUGAAUUUCGACAUCUCUGGGACAAGAUUAAAAGCUGGCAGAAGAUUUUCAAGCGCUACGACACGGAUCAUUCAGGAACCAUUAACAGCUAUGAGAUGCGCAAUGCGGUCAAUGACGCAGGGUUCCGGCUGAACAACCAGCUCUACGACAUCAUCACCAUGCGCUACGCCGACAAGAACAUGAACAUCGACUUCGACAGCUUCAUCUGCUGCUUCGUGCGCCUGGACGCCAUGUUCCGGGCAUUCCACGCCUUUGACAAAGAUGGAGACGGCAUCAUUAAGCUCAAUGUCCUAGAGUGGCUGCAGCUCACGCUGUAUGCGUAACACUGGAGCCAGCGGCCACCUUCAUCAAGAACACACUGAAGACCUCCAAGGAGCUACCACCAUCCAUCCCAGGAGCAAACAGGAGCACUUCCUACGUCAUUCGCUCCCCAAGAUGAACAGCACAUGGGAAGAAGCCCUGGGAAAAAGAGACAACCAUACUCUACUGGACAAGAUAGUGCAUGUAUUUUGUAACUACUUUUAUAGCAUCCUGACAUUUUUCCUUUGGACAACAAGGAUUAAUUUAUUGAUGACUGAAUUAAGCUUUCUCUGCAUGGUGAAGACAUGGAGAAUACAUAAUUGUUCUGCUUCUGCUAACAACUGGAAAGGUCUUCCCUCAACUCAGGUGAAACGAGGACUGUAACUAACUGUGAAAGUCAGAGGUGUUUACUGCCACCUUGUAACUGGUCAUUAACUCUUUGUCCUGCUCUUGGUAUUAUCCUUUCAUUUCUUUGUAAUGUUUACUGAGUAGUUCACAUGAGAUUUGCUAAUUACAUUAAUAUUAUGCAACCCAAUGACUCAAAUACAGAUUUGGCUGUGCACGUUGGAGCUCUGCUAUGUGGAAAUGGGAAAGUAGGGCAUGACAGAUUGCAAUACCAGAGUACAACUUGAUCUAAUGCCUCAGCAGAAAUAUCAGAACUGAACAAUCUGUUUUAGUAGGGCUAAACUGAGCAGUUUUAGGGCUCUCACUUUUAGUACCCAUCCUAAUUACAAAUGUGGACAUUGUAAGUGUUUUUCAUUGUAACUGCAUUCCCUAUAACAUUGAGAAACUUAUUUGCCAUUCAAGGCAGAAAACCUCUUAUACAUACAAAUUUAUGUAUCUACACACGUAUAUUUUCCCUACCCUGGGUCCUAUUUCCCCAACACUACCAAGAGGUGACUUAUAGCAGAAACAGGUACUAUGUCAGCAUGACUACUUUGGGAAUAUUAUUCCAAUGGGCAAGUACAAUUAGUUUAAUGGAACCAAAAAUAAAAUCAAAUUGAUUUUGGCCUAGGCUUUUUGGUUUUAUUCUGAAAGAACAGAUGAAGAUGAAAUAUUGAGCACUCUUCCACCAUCCUCCUGAAUAUGCAGCUGCUUUUGGAGUUUAUGGCAAGAGUGAAAUUAGCUUAGUAUAUCAGAUAUUUGCCAGUUUACUCCUUGAAUACAUUUUUAAAAAGGCACUUGAGAGGUUCCCUUGCUUCCAGCUUAAAAGAUGACAGGUUUUCACACAUACAGCAUAAAAAAUGGAACAAAAACCAAGACAGGGAAGGAAGACCAGACUUUGCCAGGAGAACAUUUUACUUAGUUCCCUAGUGGCAAAAAGUAGCAGUUUGCAAAGUGGCAAAAAGUAGCAAAGCAAUACACUCAUGUAAAACAAAAUUUUAAAAACAAAUUGUAGCACCCACUCAAAGUUAUUCCAGUGAGUAGUACCUUUAACUGCAAGGUCACUAAGAAGCAGAAAACCUUUCGACUACAAAGUUCUUUGUGUUGUCUUGUAACUUACUCUGUAAGAGAAAGAAAAUCCUACAAUUUAUCUAAAGAAAAGUUAUUCAAAUUCAAAUGGUCUUUUAACCCAAAUAAUUUUUAAGAUGACUGGAACACUUGGAGAGCUGUUUUAUAGCCAAGCCUUACCUCCACUGAGCUAUUAUUUUCCAUACAAGUAUGGCAGAGAUGCUCUUAGUUGGGAUGUUCAUAGAAAAAAAAAAUCUAUCAGUCAAAAAUCAAAAUCAGGAUUUUUAAUUGGCAAUUCAAAACUGGUCCUUACACUUGUGGUGAGUGAACUACCAAUAAGCUCUAGAGCUUUAGAGAACUUCCCUUGCAAUGGGCCAUGAAGCAAGAUAGGCAGCACAUCAGCUUGGAGGCAUCAGUUGGGUGGACAGUUUUAUCUCUCUGCCAAAAGAUCUGAGAUUCCUGCACACCUGUAACAUUCCUGCCAAUGGCCUGUCUGAUUUUAUCCAGUACUCACAGAACAGGAAAAAAAUCCAAAACAAAGUCAAGUUCUACCAAAUCGUGUGAAAGAAUCAUUCUAUUUAAAACAAAGAAGAAGCAGACAAACUAUAACAAUAUAAAGAACUUUAUUUUUCUUUCAUUUCUUCUUUUACCAUGUAAAGUUUCAUUAUUACACUCACACCUUUGUACCAAAGUGAGAGAAAAAAACCACGAUCCAUCUGUGCACAUGUUCUACACAGUUUAAAUUAUUAAAUAUUCAAUCAAGUUGUUUUAUUUCACUUCCAUUCUUUAAAAAAGACUGUUUAACAUUACAGCAAAAUGAAAUCUGAGAAGCUGGCAGGUGCAUAUAACAGAAUAUAUACGUACACAGUUUGCUCUUUGAGGAUUAAUUAUUUUAUGAACAGUAGUUGAAAUCAUUUCCUUAUCCUUCCUCACAUAUUCUGCAACUCUGGACAACUUAGACUGCCUGAAUUAUAGUACAAUACCAGCCUGAAAACCAAGAUUCACCUGUACCUGUGUUUUUAAUUCAACUUAAGGGAAAAGUAUUUUCCCAACAAAAACUUUUCCCCUGUCAUUUAUUGCAAAUUUGCAGUUAUCAUUUACCUUGAUCCAGCAUGACUGUACUGUUUGAAAAUAUGCAUUAAAAACUGCACAACUUCAAACACACCACACAGCCAAGUUCCUGUUAUUUUGCAGAAUCUAAUUUAUGUCCUGAUAAUAUGCUUAAAGUCUGUAAUUCACACACAAGUGACACAAGGUAAGCAGAAGCUUGGAUAUUUAAUGCAUCUUUGUACCAAGAGAUGCAGAAGUUUUCCCUCCAUCCCCUUCCACGUACAGGAGCAGCAAUGUUAGGCCAGAGUGUUUUGCACUGCCAAAUAGCUGUUAUUUUUCUCUGAAAUUUGAAGGAGAAAGGCAAAACUAACAUAGACCAAGCCCAAAAGGUCCCUAAAGGUCUGCCAUAUGUAGUCAGCCAUACAGCAAGUCCAGAACUUGUUUUUCAACAUUUGAUUAAUAAAAAAUUCACAGCUAACUACAAAAUAAAUCCUCACUCUACUCACUCUUCCACUCACAACUUUUUACUUGCAUAAAAAAAAACAAAACCAAAAAUAAA